AUGGAAAUCAAAAAGGCUACACACUGCUUGGUGAAACUCGCCCAGGAUGAAAGAUUCUCUCAGGAUCUCGCGGAAGUAGCUUGUAAUGGGCAAAUCAAACAAAAUUCUCGAUUGAAAACUCUUACUUCAAUACUAACGAAUGGCGUAUUGCGUGUCGGUGGCCGGCUGCGCUAUGCUCCCGUAAGCUACGACCAACGGCAUCCGAUGAUCCUGCCGGACAAACAUCCUUUCACUGAGCUACUAGUAGUUCACUACCACCGAAAGUUUUUACAUGCUGGUCCGCAAUUGCUAAUUGCCACCAUUCAUGAAAGAUUCUGGCCAUUACGAAUAAGAAAUCUUGCCCGCCAAGUUGUUCAUUCUUGCGUCAGCUGUUUUCGUUACAAACCUAAGAUCCUGCAACAGUUAAUGGGUGAACUUCCGCCGGAGCGCGUUACACCAGCAUUUCUGUUUCUCCGCAUGGGUUUGGAUUACUGUGGACCUCGUCAAUCUCGCCGAGCUGCCCCUGUUGAAUGUUUUGUUGCCAUUUUCGUAUGCCUCGUAACGAAGGCGGUCCACAUUGAGUGCGUUGGAGACCUAUCGACCAACUCAUUCCUAGCUGCUCUGAAACGGUUUGUCGCUCGCCGAGGGAAACUAGAGUUGAUUGAGUGCGACAAUGCAACUUCAAAGGAGCUCAACGCGAGCUGA